AUGCCUGCUGAGGAGUCCAAGCCCCUCGACCCUGCUGUCAAGCAGGCCGAGGACGCCGUCGCCGAGGCGGAAGACAAGGGCAAGGGCAAGGAGGUUGAAGUCGAGUCCGAGGACGAGGAGGACGAUGCGCCCGAGGAGACCACCGGCGCCGCUGCCACCGAGGCCGCUCCAAAGAAGAAGAAGAAGAAGUCCAAGAGGAAGAAGGUCAAGGAAGCCUUGACCGGCAAGCCCAGUGACCCGGAGCAGCAGAUCAAGGACGCUAUCGGCGGCCUUACGCCUCAGCAACUCACGGAGCUGCUUGCGCUGAACCCUGCCCUGGCAAACGAGGUCGGAGGCGGUGGGUCUAACAAGUCUGCCGAGGAGACUGCCGCUGCGCUUAAGAAGCUCAACCUGCAAGACAUCAUGACGGGUCUGGCGUCGUCCGGCAAGAACGCCAAGGACAUGGCCAGUUACAAGUUCUGGGCCACCCAACCCGUCCCCAAGUUCGGCGAAGGCGAGUCCAAGGUCGAGGACGGACCGAUCCGCAUUCAGAAGGUCGAGGAUGUACCCAAGGAGCCGUCGCCCCUGGUCGACGGCUUCGAGUGGGUUACGAUGAACCUCGAGGACGAGGGCGAGAUGAAGGAGGUGUACGAGCUGCUCAACGGUCACUACGUCGAAGACGACGAGGCCAUGUUCCGCUUCAACUACUCCCCGGCAAUGUUGCAAUGGGCCCUAAUGGCUCCUGGCUGGCGCAAGGAGUGGCACGUCGGUGUGCGCGCGUCGCAGUCUAGGAAGCUGGUUGCCUUCAUCUCUGCCAUCCCUGUGAACCUGCGCGUGCGCAAGAACGUCGUCACCUGCUCUGAAGUCAACUUCAUGGUUGUCCACAAGAAGCUCCGCGGCAAGCGUCUGGCGCCCGUUUUGAUCAAGGAGAUCACCCGACGAAGCAAUCUGAACGAGAUCUGGCAGGGUCUGUACACCGGUGGCGUCGUGCUUCCCAAGCCCGUCAGCACGUGUCGUUACUUCCACCGCGCAAUCAACUGGCAGAAGCUGUACGAGGUUGGCUUUAGCCCGUUGCCGAUCGGUAGCAAGCCGCAGUUCCAGAUCAAGAAAUACCAGCUAUCCGACAGCACCUCGACAAAGGGUCUGCGCGAACUGCAGGAGAAGGACAUCGAGCAGGCGAGUGCUCUUCUGAACAAGUACCUCAGCCGAUUUGACAUGGCACCCGAGUUCUCGCAGGAGGAGUUCAAGCAUUGGUUCCUGCAUGACAAGGAGAAGGGCGGGGAGCAGGUCAUCUGGACCUACGUUGUUGAGAACAACGGCAAGAUUACCGAUUUCUUCUCUUUCUACUGCCUCGAGUCCACCAUCAUCAACAGCGACAAGCACAAAGUCAUUCGCGCGGCGUACCUUUGGUACUACGCUUCCGAGGUCGGCCUUUCCACGCCACUUGACAAGCCGGCGCUCAAGACCCGCUUGAACAGCCUCAUCAACGACGCCCUGGUCUUGGCCAAGAAGUACAAGUUCGAUGUCUUCAACGGUCUGUCUCUGCUCGACAACGGUCUGUUCCUCGAGCAGCAGAAAUUUGGACCUGGCGACGGCCAGCUGCACUACUACCUGUUCAACUACCGCGCGGCCCCCAUCGCUGGUGGUGUCGACAGAAGAAACAAGCUUGAUGAGGAGAACCUGAGCGGUAUUGGUUUGGUGAUGUUGUAA